AGAUCCUCGUUGUCAACGUUAUCUCUCCCAUUUGCUUCCAAAAGUAGAAAACUUGUUGCGGGUGAUCGAACACCCUCAUGGUUUUCUCAUCAAAAUCAGAAAUUUCUCUGCACUCGCAUCAUUACCUCACAAGAUGAGAAUUUCACAGUGAAUUACUUGAUAAACUCAUGUGGGUUGUCACCGGAAGGAGCAAUUUCAGCAUCCAAGCGGGUCAAGUUGCGAUCCGCAGCAAGAGCAGACUCCGUUUUGGCCCAUUUCAGAAAGCAUGGCUUCUCUGAAACCCAGAUCGCUCAGGUUAUUAGGUCAUGCCCACAAUUUCUUACUGCUGAUUUUGAGAAAUCCGUUUUGCCAAAGCUCGAGUAUUUCAGCUCUGUUGGACUUUCAAGGCAGGACCUUGCCAAAACUAUGGCUUUAACUCCAAAGCUUGGAGAAACGCAUUAUACCGAUUCAUAAAUUCCUUAGGAGUAUGCUGCCCCACAAAUCUGUUGUUGCUGUUUUGAGGCGUAACUCACGGAUUUUCAUGGCAAACCACUGCACUAGUGUGUUGCCGAAUAUUAGGCUUUUGAGAGAAGUAGGUGUGCCCCAGUCAUGCAUUUCUAUGUUGUUUCGUCAUUUUACUCGCCUUGUGAUUCUAAAGCAUGAAAGUUUCUCUCAACUUGUGGGUGAGGUGAAGGAAAUGGGAUUCAAUAUGAAAAAACUCACUAGCUUGAAGGCAAUGAAUGCAUUGUGGUGUAGGAAUACGUUUAAUCGUAAUCGCCAAGUUUAUAUGAUGAGGUGGGGUUGGUCUGAGGAUGAUUUUCUCUCUGCCUUCAGGAAGUGCCCUCGUAGUAUGGUUGUGUCGGAGAAGAAACUAAUGCAAGUAAUGGAUUUUUGGGUGAACAAGAUGGGAUGGCCUUCAGUAAUAAUUGCCAAAUACGCAAUUGUUUGUUCUUAUAGUUUGCAGAAGAGAAUAAUCCCAAGGUGUUCGGUGUUGAAAGUUUUGUUGUCGAAAGGAUUGAUAAAUGAAAACUUGAGUAAGCCGUGUGUGUUAGCUUAUGCGGAAGAGCAGUUCUUGGAGAUGUUUGUGACAAAAUUUGUCAACCAAAUACCUCAACUACUGAGUGUGUAUCAAGAAAAUGUGGAUCUCCAGGAUGUAACAUCUUAAUUGACACCUUGAAGACAGAGUGUGUAACUGUUUAGCCCCCUGAUGCUGCACUACUUACUGGUGGUAAGAUUUUAUUUAUAUUCAACAUUGCUGGUACAGUUUUGCUUCUCUCUGUUGUGUUAUGAAGAUCUUGCAGCUUUAUGAUCCAUGACUUUGAUUGUGUCCUGAUAAUUCGCUUUCAUACAUUAUAAAUGUAUAUUCAGUGUAAUCUAUUUUGGAAGUGGAGUGAUUGAAAAAGAAAACAGAACGAUAAACUCUCUUGUGAUCUGCAUUCCCAAAUUUUCCGUGAUCUGCAUUUAUAACUUGG